UAGGGGCUUGGACUGAGUACGGGGCGCGGCACUGGACUGGAGGGGAUGGCACCACGCUUUCCAGAGAAGCCAGAAGAAUUAUUCGGCUGUGCACUGGACGAGGGGCUUCAAGUUUCCAAACCUGAUAUAAUAUUCCAUUUGGAACAAAGGUGAGAUUUAUGGAUCCUGGAGAGAGAUAUCCCAAGAGAUACUUUUCCAGGUGCGGAGUCAAAAAAAAAAAAAGGCCCUCUUCAAAAAUUAUCAAUGGAUUGGAAACCUUUGAUAUGAUUGGAAGACAUGGGCUGAGAUGAAGCAUGCAACUUCAAAGCCAUACAUUUCCAAAGAAUCAUCAUUCCAGGCAUAGUAAUGGAAAGAAUUAAAAUGGAUGGAUCUUGGAAUUCUGAAUUGGAAGAAACUUUAAAAUUUGAGGGUAGUAUAGAGAGCCUACAGGGAAAACCCAACAAACUAUUGCAUCAAGUGAUAAUGCAUAGAAAAACUCUAACUUGGGAGAAAAGCCCUGAAUAUAAUGAAUUUGGAGAAAGCCUCAAUCUGAGCUCAAACCUGGCAACACAGCAAAGAAUUUUUAUAGGUGAGAAACCUGAUAAAUAUGAUACACAUGAAAAGAACUUCAAACAUAAUUUGGAUACAGCUAAACAUCAAGGAAUCAACACUGACAAGAAAUCUUGUAAAUGUAAUGAAUGUGGGAAAGCCUUCAAUUACUAUUCAGACCUUAUUCGACAUCAGCGAACUCACACUGGAGAGAAACCAUACACGUGUAAUGAAUGUGGAAAGGCAUUCAGUGAUCCCUCACCCUUUAUUCGACAUCAGAGAAUCCAUACUGGGGAAAAACCCUAUGAAUGUAAUGAAUGUGGAAAGGCUUUCAGUGACCGAUCAACAUUUAUUCAACACCAGAGAAUUCACAGUGGAGAAAAGCCUUAUGAAUGUAAUGAAUGUGGGAAAGCAUUUAGCCAAAAAAAGCACCUUAUUCAGCAUCAGAGGAUUCAUACUGGAGAAAAACCUUAUGAAUGUAGUGAAUGUGAGAAAGCAUUCAGCCAGAGGACCCAACUUAUUCAACAUCAGAAAACUCAUACUGGAGAGAAACCCUAUAAGUGUAAUGAAUGUGGAAAAUUCUUCAGCCGGAGCACACACCUUACUGAACAUCAGAAAACACACACUGGGGAGAAACCCUAUAAAUGCAAUGAAUGUGGGAAAGCUUUCACUUAUCGCUCAACUUUUAUUCGGCAUCAUAUUAUUCAUACUGGUGAGAAACCCUAUGUAUGUCAUGAAUGUGGGAAAGCCUUUAGUCAAAACUCAAUCCUUACUGAGCAUCAUAAAACUCAUACUGGAGAGAAACCCUAUAAAUGUAAUGAAUGUGGGAAAGCUUUCAGUUCCUGCUCAUACCUUAACCAACACCAGAAAACUCAUACUGGUGAGAAGCCUUAUAAAUGUAAUGAAUGUGGGAAAGCCUUUAGUUAUUGUUCAUCCCUUACUCAACAUCAGAGAGUUCAUACUGGAGAGAAACCCUAUGAAUGUAAUGAGUGUGGGAAAGCCUUCAGUUGUUGGUCCAACUUUAACCAACAUCAGAAAACUCAUACUGGAGAAAAACCCUACAAAUGUAAUGAAUGUGGAACCGCCUUCAGUCAGAGCACACGUCUUACUCAGCAUCAGAGAAUUCAUACUGGAGAAAAACCCUAUGAAUGCAAUGAAUGUGGAAAAUCUUUCAGUCUAAGCACUCGCCUUGUUGAACAUCAGAAAACUCAUACUGGAGAGAAGCCUUAUAAAUGUAGUGAUUGUGAAAAAGCUUUCAGCCGGAGCACCCACCUUACUGAACAUCAGAAAACUCAUACUGGAGAGAAACCCUAUAGAUGUAAUGAAUGUGGGAAAGCUUUUACCUGUCACACAUCCCUUAUUCAGCAUCAAAGAAUUCAUAAUGGGGAGAAGCCCUAUGAAUGUAAUGAAUGUGGAAAAGCUUUUAGCCAGAGUGCACACCUCACAAAUCAUCAGAAAACUCAUACAGGGGAGAAAUCUUUUAAAUGUAAUGAAUGUGAUAAAGCAUUCAGUUAUUGCUCAGCCCUUAUUCAACAUCAGAGAAUACAUAGUGGGGAGAAACCUUUUGAAUGUAGUGAGUGUGGGAAAACCUUUAGUCGGAGUACAUACCUUACUCAACACCAGAGAAUUCACACUGGAGAGAAACCCUAUAAAUGUAGUGAAUGUGGAAAAGCCUUUAGCCAGAGCACACAUCUUACUCUGCACGAGAGAAUUCACACUGGAGAGAAACCCUAUAAAUGUAAUGAAUGUGGGAAAACCUUCAGCCAGAGUGCACACCUUACUCAACAUCAGAGAAUUCAUACUGGAGAGAAACCCUAUGAAUGUAAUGAAUGUGGGAGAGCCUUUAGUGACCACUCAGCUCUCAUUCGACAUCAUAUAAUUCAUAGUGGAGAGAAACCCUAUGAGUGUAAUCAAUGUGGAAAAGCCUUCAGUUACUGCUCAGACCUCAUCCAGCAUCAGAAAACUCAUACUGGAGAGAAACCCUAUAAAUGUAAUGUUUGUGGCAAUGCUUUUAGUGACUGUUCAGCACUUGUUCAGCAUCAGAGAACUCACACUGGAGAGAAACCCUAUGAAUGUAAUAGCUGUUGGAAAGCCUUUAGUAAUUACUCAGCCCUAAUUCGACAUAAUAUAGUUCAUACUGGAGAGAAACCCUAUGAAUGCAGUGAAUGUGGAAAAGCCUUUAGCCGGAGUACAUACCUUACUCAACAUCAGCGAGUACAUACAGGGGAGAAGCCUUUUGAAUGUAAUGAAUGUGGGAAAGCUUUCAGUCAGAGUGCAUUUCUUACUCAACACCAAAGAAUUCACACUGGUGAGAAACCCUACACAUGCAAUGAGUGUGGAAAAGCUUUCAGUGAUCACUCAGGCCGGAUUCAGCAUCAGAGAACUCACACUGGAGAGAAACCCUACUCAUGUAAUGAAUGUGGGAAAGCCUUUAGUUAUUGUUCAGCUCUUAUUCAACAUAAAAGGAUUCAUACUGGUGAAAAACCUUAUGAAUGUAAUGACUGUGGAAAAGCCUUCAGUGACCGCUCAGCACUCAUUCAACAUCAGAGAACUCAUACAGGAGAGAAACCCUACAAAUGUAAUGUAUGUGGAAAGGCCUUCAGCCAGAGUACAAAUAUGACAAACCAUCAGAAAACUCACACUGGAGAGAAACCCUAUAAAUGUAAUAAAUGUGGAAAAGCUUUUGGAUACUGCUCAGGUCUUAUUCAACAUCAGAUAAUACAUACUGGAGAGAAACCCUAUGAAUGCAGUGAAUGUGGUAAAGCUUUCUCUCGAACCACAGACCUUAUAAAGCAUCAGAAAAUUCAUACUGGAGAAAAACCUCAUAUAUGCAAUGACUGUGGAAAGGCCUUCGGCCAAAACACAUACCUUACCAAGCAUCAGAAAACUCACUGGAGAGAAACCUUGUAAGCACAAUGAAUGUAAGAAAUCACUCAGUCAAACUGCUUCCAUAUAUGCCUAGAUCUUUUGAUGUUGUUCAGUUGUGUCUGACUC